AUGAGUCUCCAGAGCAUCAGCAGUGGGACAGAAAACACAGCCAAGCUCAUACUCUGGGGCGGUGAGCUCAAUCACGAAAGACUGACUUGCACCUUCAGACCCCAAGGGGAAAAGAAGGACAGCUGUAGACUGUUGCUCAGCACGAUCUGCUUAGGGGAGAAAGCCAAAGAGGAGGUAAAUCGUGUGGAGGUCCUGCCCUCAGCCAACCUGGAAGACAAAAAAUUACCAGUCACCAUUGCCUCACUGAGGGCCUCCGUCCUACCUAUGACCACAAUGACAGGUAUGGAGCUUUGUCCUCCAGUGACUUUCCGGCUCCGGGCUGGCUCAGGACCUGUGUUCCUCAGUGGCCACGAAUGUUAUGAGACUUCAGACAUACCCUGGGAAGAUGAUGAGGAAGAGGAGGAAGAUGGCGAGGAGGAAGAGGAGGAGGAGGAAGAUGAAGAUGAAGAUGUGGAUAUAUCACUAGAAGAGACGCCUAUCAAACAAGUCAAAAGGGUGGCCCCCCAGAAGCAGAUGAGCUUGGCUAAGAAAAAAAAGAUAGAAAAAGAAGAGGAGGAGGCAGUCAGGCCCAGCCCUCAGGACAAGAGUCCCAGGAAGAGGGGGAAAGCGACGCCCAGACCUAGGAAGUCUGCACUCAAGAAAUGA